UAUUUCAUUAGAAUGCCAUCAUCAAUGUGUUUAAUUUGUUGCUUCUUCUUCUUCUUCUUCUUCAUCAUUUCAAUCUGUAUAUGAUAAAUGUAGGCAGAUUGAUGGGUCUACUCGCAAUCCCAUUUCUUGAGAUUGAAUGCGAUCUCAGUGUUGGGUUUUACAAAAUACUCACUCUGUUCUAUGCAACUUUAAACAAUUACCUAUGCUUGCAGAAUGCAAUUUAAAACAAGAAGAAUUAUUAGUUUAUUACCUCUUUACCGGAAAUUAUCUCUCUUUUCUAAAAAUUUAUUCUUCGUCAACAAAAGCUGAGUCAGAGGGGGAGAGAGAGAGAGAGAGAGAGAGAGCAAAAAGGAAAAAGAAAAGGAGAUUUUCCGAGGGAAAGUUUGAGCAAAUGCCAUUGGAGGAAACGUUUGAUGAACUAGGCUUCAGCUUCGGCCUGAGCUGUCUCUGUCCCAGGGAUAUCGCUUAGAGGGCCACAGUCUCUUCCAACUCCAAAGGGGAAAACUAUUAAACAUCCAAUUCAGCCGCCGCUUUUCACCAAAUUAGUCAUCAGUAUAUCUGGGCCAGAAGGAUAGUCUUCUUGUUUCUCAAUCUCAGGUUUCGCGGAUCGAAUGGAGGAGAGGCCGUCUCGAGUCCGAAGUAAAGAUGGGUCAGCAUCGAGAAGGGGGCAAGCCGGGAAGACCAGCCGGUGCUCGACGGAGGACGGCGGGGAUCCGGUGGAGUGCUCCGGCAAGUCCUGCGUGGCAGGGGCGAUCGCCGAUUGCGUGGCCGUAUGCUGCUGCCCCUUGGCUCUGGUCAGCCUUCUCGCUCUUGCAUUCUUCAAGGCCCCGUGGAUGAUGGGGCGGAGGUGUUUGGGGCUCGGGAAAAAGAACCGCCAGAAGCAGGAAAGGCGGAGAAAAUUUGAGGGCAGCGAGGGUGACAGCGUGGAGGGCAUGAACGAAAAUUCAGUAAAGGCAGGGGCAGAGACUGGAAAUUGGGAAAUUGGGUUUGGAACCGGGCUUGAAGCUGAAGAGGAACAAGAGCUCUGGUUGGAUCUGUACAAGUUGGGCCAUUUGGGCUUUGGAAGGUUUCCUUCACUGGAAUUCAGUACAAAGGCAAGGGCAAUUAGGGUAGAAUCGACACAAAAAUUUGGGUGUCAAUUUGAAUUGUGAUCACAAAAGGGAUAAAUAUUUAAAUUCGUAGUUUUAAUUGCUAAUGGGGUCCGAUUAGAUAGCAUCUUGAGAUUUGAAGCGAACCCUUA